AUGUGCCACUUUCAGGUCUCCUCACACACUGCUGGUGUGUUCAAUUUUUUGUCAUAGGGUGCUGGCAGAUUACGGGCCUCCUAUAGCUGCUGCCAGGCCCCUAAUCUGCCAUGGGCCCCUAUACCGCCUCCUCAUGCUGCUGCCAGGUCCAGAGUCUCUCAUGGGUCCCUGUACGGCCUCCCAUUGCUGCUGGCUGUCCAUCGCCACACUCUGCCAUGUGCCACUUUCAGGUCUCCUCACACUCCUGCUGGUUUCCAUUUUGUCAUAGGUUGCUGUAUGGCCUCCCAUUGGAAACUGCUGCCUCCACCGCCACACUGUGGCUCCAAACACUGGUUUUGGCCCCGUGACUGGCCAAAUGAGUGAAGGUGUGCGGUGAUUUCUAAGAUCGACGGCACUCAUCUGCAACCGUCAUACCCUUGACAGUAUUAUUUCUCUUCCCAAGCGAAACUUGACCAAGGGCAUUUAAAUUAAAGGUACAGUUUGCUGCACUUAUUAA